UUCAUGUAUAUGUAAAGUGAAAGUCCUUAGAGCAAGAGAAACCUGUACGUUUAGCGAGUGUGUGUUGAUCAAACAGUUUGUUCAUAACAGCUAUUCACAAUGGUCCAUGUGCCAUCAUUCUUAGUGCUGUCUUUAAUCGUAAUGGUUUCCUAUGUUAACUCUACUAUAUUUGUUCCUGAAGAAAUACCAUCGUUAUUGUCACUUGUUUACAGCAAUAUACCACCAAUUAAAAAAGGAACGGAUUCGAGAUUUGGUGUAGGUUUUAGACUUGGACCAAAUGCGGAUGUUCAAUUCCAAGUGGAACUUGGCCCACAAACACAUACACGACCAAUAGGACCAUCAAGUGAGACUCCUGAUACAACGUCCAAAAAAAGACACGUGGUCGCAUCAAAUAAACCAGUUGAUUGGUUGAAUAAAUGGCGAUUGCAGAUGAAUCCUGGUUACACCGAUGACGUACAUAAUGAAGACAUUGUCGAAGAUAAUAGUCCCAUGUCUCUACAAUCAGAAUCGGUUAACUCUGAUACAUUAGCUCAUCUGAGACAGUUGUAUACAAUGGGACAAGUAAAAACACGAUAAUAUUCAAUAAAUUAAUUUUUGCUUGUGAUCUUCUUUCUUUUGUAAAUAGAUUCAUCGUAGUAUUUA